CUUACAUCAUCUUUUCUUGUGACCUGCAUAUGGAGUAGGUGUUUGGCAAAGAGGACGGCAAAACCUGAGAGUCCAGCCGUCGCUCGUCCUCUGGCUCGGAGGUUGGGUGUGAAGUGCCCAGCUUGUACGCCAUGCACAGGAGCAAGGGCAAUCAAGGUGGUCACGCUCAAGCGCCACAAGGGCAGCAGCUCGCUGCGUCCUCGACUCAGAACCGGACAGAGAAGGUCAAGCUGACGCUCGAGCAAUGGUCGACGCAAUUGGCACCACUGUCCGAUGUCGACAAGGCAUCCGUAACUACGCUCGGAGAAUGGAUCGACGGACAAAAGAAAGCCCAUGCGUUAGGGCAACGGCGGCGAACCUCGCAGAGCGAUGACGUUGCUGCAACCGGAGGGAGCAUGGGCCUCAAUGGUCAUGCACAAUCUCCCGCAACACGCAGUGAAGCGGGGCGGUCAGGCAAAUUGGACGACUCCCUAGAAGCUGGGUCGUUGGAUCGCAAAAUGCAAGCAGCCCUGCCUUCGAAGCCGCUCUCUGACACAGCAGCAUAUCAAGCAUGGAUCGCUUCGCUAGAAGACCAUAUCUUCUCCACAAAUGAAUCAUCAUACGUCGCCUCAGUCGAACAAGUGACGCGUGCAAGGAAGGCAGUCGAUGCAAUUCUCGAGGAUAUUGAACGCGCCGCUGUACACGUCUCUGAGCUUCGAGCUGGGUGCCAAUACGUCGAAGAAGGAACAAUGGGUCUGCGCGAAGAUGCAGAAACCCAGUUAGAGAAGAUGGACCGGCUGCACGAGCUAGCUGAGGGAUUAUCCCUACGCAGGAGCUACUUUGCGCUGCUGCCGGGUAUCACGCGCUUCCUGUCCAGUCCUUCACCCGACCUUUCCCUUGUCCUCGCCCCAGACUUUCUACACAACCUCGACAAGCUAGACGUUGCGCUGUCCUUCGUAGCAGCACACGAACACUACAAGGACGCGAACUUGUAUCGGAUGCGUUUCGAGCAGUGCAUCGUCAGAGCCGCCAGCUUGAUACGCAUGUGGCUCUUUAGAUGGACGGCAGACUGGACGACGAAGACGCAGGAAGGAUUGAAAAUUUGGCAGACGAACAAGAUCAGAAAGGGUAAAGAGAAGGAGCGACCCGACUCGCUAGAGCUUGGGGAUCCCCGAAUGGAGCUGGCAGAACUCGCCAUCCAAUCGCUUUUCUUUGAUCCACAAAUCAACGAGACGGCGCAAAUUCGCACAUUGUUGGUGGAGCUUGAGAAACGGUCACGAAAGCUAGGCGCCGACGAACAGAUCGACUCACAGCCCUCAAGAGAGCAACAAGUUAUCAAUCGUCGGGAGCAGGGCUAUGAGACCGUCUUCCUGCCAGAGGUUGGGCCCAUCCUCACAGAUUGUCGCACCUCCCUUUUCACGUCACGCCAAUCACUACUUGCCAACUUUGUCAAUGCCAGUUUCAUCCGCAUAGAUGCAUUCGUUGCCUCCGAAGGGGCAGUGGGAUCUGCACCCUCAUCCUCCACUCCCACCAACUCUCUCCUCAAAUUCCUAGAUUUCGCUCUACGCUUUGCUAUACCUCUUUGUGCAGACGAAGAGGAGUUGUGCUCGCAGAUGAUGGACAUCAGGCCGCCGCCUGAAGGCCUUUCAAGCGGACAAUGCGAAUUCGUUACACACAUGGAAGCACUCGUCGCGACGCCAUUGCUGGACAAGCUCAAGAUUAGACUCGCCAAGGAGACCGAGUUGGCCACUCUUGCUAGAGCAUGCCAUUUUCUCUGGACUUGCCAGCUUGACCCCCCCGCAGACACCCGGCCUGUUGACUCUGUUUCGCUCCGACGUACCUUGGCCCCUGUUCUGAAGGAAGUGCGUGCAAGGUUGCUCAGCCGCGCGCAAGCUGUAAUCGCAUCGCACGUCGCAGCCUACAUGCCAAGUCCUGCAGAUCUCGAUUACUUUGACAACCUUAAGCUGCAAAGCAAUGGCGGUCUCAAACCCACCGCAGCCGCAGGUCAUCGACGACGCAUAAGCAGCAUAGGCGGUGCUGGUCUCUUAGGAGCUGCAAUCGACGCGGAGGAAGAGUCAACAUCAAGUCCGACGUCAGGCAGCCCAUCACAUCUGUUCACCAAGCCUUCCAAUGAAGCUACACGCACCUGGUAUCCCGCUUUCUUUCGCACAUUUGAGAUCCUCGCCGUGCUACACAAAGCUCUCUCGUCGGAGCAACUGAGAGACGCCGGCUCUCAAGCGCUUCGGAGUUGUCUUUCGGCUUUGAGGAAUGCUGCUCGCAUCAUGCAACAGUGCCCAGCUGCAUCAACGCAAAGCACUGCCGCUUUCUACUCCGACUUGUUCCUUUUACGGCACGUCCUCUUGCUGCGCGAGGCACUCGUCUCACUUGACGUUGCUGUUCAGCAUCUGCAGGAGCGUGAGGCCGAGGGUGGCGCGUUCAACUCGGCGCAGAUCAAUGAUAGUGCCCCAGGCAUCGAUCUUUCCGUGCUCGUCUCUGCUCUGAGCACGCUCUGGGCCAGUACCGGCGCUCUGCUUGAUCCAAGAAGACUGGUCCAAGCUUCGAAUCAGCGAGAAGCAGAGACAGAGUCCGAUCAGGUGCAAAACGGCAUCUCUGCACUACGUUUGAGUAACUCGGCGAUCUCGAAGGAGCUCAAAGCCACGUUGCAGAGCACUUCUGCCGCUGUACGCGACUAUGUCGUUCGCUCUGCAAGUUUCCCAUUACGAGUUUUCCUGGACACCGCAUCCAAGGCGAUUCAGGGAGAACUCCAGAGCAAUCUGGACACAUCUGCAGAAAAAGCAACAAACGCAUUUGACUCAUUCCAGACGACUGCAAGGGCUGCGCUGACCGAUGCAGAAGCUGAUUUCAGCUUGUACCUUGGCGAUGACUUGGCAACCGAAAAUCUUCUGCGGGGAACUGUGGAAGAACUACAGGAAGUUUACGAGCAAUUCAGUAGUUUGGUUUCACAAGCGUACUCCCUCGUUGGGCUCAAGCCUGACGUUUCUGACGCAAUCGGAUGGCGGCUCACGUCACCGAACAAGUGAAAUAUAUUGAUGGAAGAAAACCAAUGGAUGAUGAUUACAA